AUGUCAUACUAUGAGCGCUAUGGCGAGUUGAGCAAGAGCACCUUGAACUUCGUCACCGGCAAAACUGCAAGCGAGCAAAUACAGUCAAGAACCGACCUGAGAACCGAUGAAAUCCGCAGGGCAGGCAGAAAGAUAACGGUUAUGAGUGACGAGGAGUGGAACAGAAGGGAGGAGGCGAUGAACAAAAGGGCGGCCGAAUACAAAGCAAAGCUAGACAAAGAACAAGCAGAGCAUCGCUUGUCAAGAGAAAAGGCUCUCCAGCCAAUCAGAGACAGAAUUGAACGAGAGAAAAAAUACCCGUCGUUGAUCCACGAAAAGCUGUCGUUAUUCCACGAACCGGCUGACGAGUCUCCCGCCGCUCUUGAUGCAUGGGACAUCGUUUACAAGGAGACGUCCCCCUUUCUAGCAAAGGUGGUUAUCGCCUAUCGCUAUGGGCUUGACAAGGGAAGUGGGAGACUUGAUAACACUGCGAUUGGAUAUUAUGGGGGCGAUGACCUAGUGUCGUGUCUUCGAGCCAGAGAUAUUGGAGUCAGCGGAAACGAGACAGCCUUUGACAGGCUGGUAUCGAUGAAGUUUCUGGCAGCUGCUCUGGUCGAUAAUAUAGAGACCAUCUCAAAGGACGAAUCGCAAGCCGCCAGAAAAGAGCUGCUCGAGUUCAUCAUCGGAGAUGAAGUCACAGAAAUCGAGAUCACCGAGUUGGUUAUCGAGACUUAG